AUGACCCAUAACCGUUCCAAGUCCUCCAAACAGAUGAAACAGAGCCGCGGUGAAUAUCCCUGCAUGCACUGCGGUGACAAAACCAUCUCCAGCAGCAAGCGCAGGCUUGUUGAGCCCCGGAACCCUGCGGCAGGCUAUUACUGCCAGCCAUGCACGCGGUCCUUGCUCGAAACUGACGCCUUACCAAGUACAGUCAAGAUUGCAGCGCUCAGAAAGCUCAGAGAAACCCGCAUGCAAAGCAAUCCUCGAGUCUUGAAGAGCCCUUGUGUCCACUGCGGUGAGAUCACUGUCCCUAGCAGCAAGCGCCGACUCGUGGAGUCAAAGAACCCUCAGUCCGGAUAUUACUGCCGCGCCUGUGCGGACUGUUUAAUCGAAACCAAUUCACUACCCAGCGACAUACGCCUUGCAGUUCGCAGAGCGCGAGAGCAGGUCAGGCUGAAAAACUUGCGGGCCAGCCUACCUCAAGAGUCGCAAUCGCCGGUCUCUCAGAAGGAAGAAGCCACACCAAUCGAUACGCCCACGGACAAGACCGCAAAGGCUUGUGCGCACUCCACAAGCGAGAAAAUCACGCCGGGCCCCUGA